UCCUGUGGGAGGCGGACAUUUCCUGGGCCGGGGAGCCAGGAGGUAGGGGUUGUCCUGCUUCCCAAAGCGGCCGGCUGUCGGUUGCGCGGAUCCAGAGAAAGCUGUAUCAAGUCUCAUCCCGGGUUCCUGCCCCUGGGACUAUGCCCUCCCCAGCCUCCACGCCCGCACCCCCCAGAGCCUCCAGUCGCUCCCGGCUCACCGCUGGGAACCGGCGCCCCGGCGAUCCUCCGGAACCAUUAGACGCUACUUGGACUCAGAGUCUGCUUUUGGCUUAUCUUUGCCUCGCUUGCAAUAGAUGUCCAUGCCCCCAGUACCCAGGCUUUGCAACCCCGCGAGGCCACGGCACCCCCGGAACAUCCCUGCGCUCCUAGCCGCGAGCGUAACCCCGGGUCCCUCCGUGGAAGGCGCGGGACUGGAGAGCCCGUCGCCGGAGACUAGAAGGGACCGGUUCGCGCCCUAAGUGAAGCACGCCCCGGUGGCGUCCUUGGGGGGGCUCUGGGUUCCUUCAAAGUUGGGGCGUUGGCACCCGAGCAUCCGGGAGCCCCGCAACCCGCGGGCACCGAAGUUUCUCUCUUCCCUGGCCGGCAACUGAACAGGGUCCCGCGGCUGCGCCGGGAGAAACUGUGGGUGGAAAAGCCGCUGCAUCUCGCGGGGAAGGGGGCUGAGGGCGCUGUCACUUGUUGAGGCUAAUAAACGCGGCGCGACCCCGGAACGCUGUUGUUUCUAAAAUCUUUAGCUGUGCCCGCUAUCCCCCAGCCCGGAUCCGGGAAGGAGGGACGAGCGCGAGCGGCUGGCAAUGCAGAAGAGGGGCCCGCGCCCCGACAGCCGACCCGGGUGGGUGCUGGGGCUCCCGAGGGGAGCAGGUCCGGUCCCCCUCGCGGCAGCUGCCGAGGUUUCCAGCCGCAGAGCGUCCUCCCUGCCGGUGAAACCGCGUGGGACACAACCCAUCGCCGCUCGUCACCUACUUACAAGUCGCUGUCGCUAGGAUUCCCGCCACUCCUCUCAGACCAGCCCCCCACCUCUGCCACUUUUCGGAGUCCCCCGCCCCCGUUCCUGCCUCCCCGGAGCUGCGGGGCAGUCGGACGCGGAACCGCCGAGCCGCGAGGACGCCUGCCUGGAGCUGCCUUCUCUCCGCAGCCAAGCCGGCGCCCCCUGCCCUUCGCCGCGGUGCUGGGCGGGCGCCCCUGCCGCCCUCGCUCCGCUCAUCCCGGCCUUCUUCCGCGCUCUCCUCCCGCCGGUCCCGGAGCUUCGCCACCGCCGGGUGCGGCGGGGCAGGCGCGAUGCGGCAGCUGUGCCGCCGGGGCCGCGUGCUGGGCAUCGCGGUGGCCAUCGCGCACGGGGUCUUCUCCGGCUCCCUCAACAUCCUGCUUAAGUUCCUCAUCAGCCGCUACCAGUUCUCCUUCUUGACCCUGGUGCAGUGCCUGACCAGCUCUACCGCGGCGCUGAGCCUGGAGCUGCUGCGGCGCCUGGGGUUCAUCGCGGUGCCCCCCUUCGGCCUGAACCUGGCUCGCUCCUUCGCGGGGGUCGCCGUGCUCUCCACGCUGCAGUCCAGCCUCACGCUUUGGUCCCUGCGCGGCCUCAGCCUACCCAUGUACGUGGUCUUCAAGCGUUGCCUGCCCCUGGUCACCAUGCUCAUCGGCGUCCUGGUGCUCAAGAACGGAGCGCCCUCGCCGGGGGUGCUCGCGGCCGUGCUCAUCACCACCUGCGGCGCAGCUCUGGCAGGAGCCGGUGACCUGACCGGCGACCCCAUCGGGUACGUCACCGGCGUGCUGGCGGUGCUGGUGCACGCCGCCUAUUUGGUGCUCAUCCAGAAGGCGAGCGCAGACACGGAGCACGGGCCGCUCACCGCGCAGUACGUCAUCGCCGUGUCCGCCACCCCGCUGCUGGUCGUCUUAUCCUUCGCCAGCACCGACUCGAUCCACGCCUGGACCUUCCCCGGCUGGAAGGACCCGGCCAUGGUGACCAUCUUCGUGGCGUGCAUCCUGAUCGGCUGUGCCAUGAACUUCACCACGCUGCACUGCACCUACAUCAACUCGGCGGUGACCACCAGCUUUGUGGGGGUGGUGAAAAGCAUCGCUACCAUCACUGUGGGUAUGGUGGCCUUCAGCGAUGUGGAGCCCACCUCUCUAUUCAUUGCUGGCGUCGUGGUGAACACCCUGGGCUCCAUCAUUUACUGUGCGGCCAAAUUUUUGGAAACUAGAAAGCAGAGCAACUACGAGGACCUGGAAACGCAGCCGGGGGUAGAGGAGGCGCAGCCAAGUGGAGAUCAGCUGCCGUUUGUCAUGGAGGAGCUGCCCGCAGAGGGUGGAAAUGGCGGGUCAGAAGGUGGGAAGGCAGCAGGUGGCUCCACUCAACCGGGUGGGCAAGAGGCUAGGGGCAGCCCCAGAGGGGUCUCGCUGAUGGCUAGGAGCUCGCAGAUCUCAGACAGCCCUGAAGAAGUGGGCAGGAGUUCAUUAAAGGAUGCUUACCUCGAAGUGUGGAGGUUAGUUAGGGGAGCCAAGUAUGUAAAGAAGGAUUAUUUGAUAGAAAAUGAGGAGUUACCCAGUCCUUGAAAAGGAAAUGCACGUAUGUAUAUAUGUACAUACACUUAUUUUAUAUGUGAAAGAUGACAUAUUUUAAUGAGAAGCCGCCCAGUUUCGUGCUUGGAGUGGGGAAGGGGAGCAAAGAAAGAAGCUGAAAUGUCUGACUGCAACACAAUUAGUACCCAUGUGAAUUAUUUAGCCUGAGAAUAGCAAAGGCAUCACAGAGGCAAAAGAAUGUGAAGGUGACUAGCAAACUAAGGCAGGGUUUCAGCUGCAGAUUCUUAGCACAUUUUUGGUCAUUAUGACCACAACCAAAUAUCUGAAUGUAUGGAGAGUCCUUCAACCACCCCCUCCAAAAAUGGAGCAUAGAGAUGAUGGCAGCACUUAAUUAAGUUCAAAGAUUACAUGCAGGGGCACCUUUUUGACAAUAGUUUGAACUAUAGUUUUUAUGGCCACUUUGGAAGAAUAUACUAUUGAAAUAACAUAUUUAAAUACACUGAAUUAAUGUUUACUGUUUAAAAUCACCUGAAAUAUGUUUACUCUAAUUUUCCUCUGUUUUAAAAUAUAUAUAAGUGCUCUACUCUUCUAUUGGUAGAAAAUGUUACAACUAUUUUGAAACUGAAUUCUUAGCUUUAAUCAUGAAGUUUAAAGUUGGCUUUUAGUAAUUAAAAAUAUUUGAAAGGUUGUUUUAGUUCAUUGCUUUGUAAUAUUUGUUAUUGAAUGCCAUAACCUUUUUAAAAAACAGUUUUACUGUGUCCAGUAUUCUUUCAAGCAAAUGCAAUGGCUGAUGUAUAAUUCAGUGUUAACUGAAACCCAAACAGAAAUGAGACCGUUCAGUUAAGCUAGGCCUUUCAAGUCGCGCUGCACAUCCUAAACCGUGUUACAAAAAGAGUAACUGCUAUAUUCACUUUAUGAUAUUUUUCUAUCUUAAAUUUGUCAAAAUAAAGUAUGAGUCUCUGCUAAAAGGUA